GGAGUUGGUCAGUUGAGUUGGGUUAUCAAGUCACCGAACAAUACCCACCAGAUGUAAACUGGGAGAAACCCGGAUAAACCGACCAAAGACAUGGAUGCGAGGAAAUUGCCCUUUUGGGUCAUCGCAUGUCGUCGUCCGCCGUCUCGUCGUGUCGCGUUGUGGGCUGCAGCAAAAUAAUAGCCUGUGUGUGAUUUGUAACUGCAUAGCCGGGCAAUCCGUAACUAGAGAUGUGGAGACAAGAACUCGAUCCUAACAAGACAGGGAACAUUAUCAAAAGGUUGUCAUGAGAUCAUGCGUGAAUCGUCACUUGAUUUUUUGCUCCAUUCAUCGAGUAUCAAAGGUUGGAGCGUAUGUUCCUCUUUCACACGUUCCUCCCUUCCAUACCAACCGAGCUGUGAGAACAAUAAAAUAAGUUACAACAAGAAGCGGUAUAUUAUUAUUACGUAGAAGACAGGUCUGUAUUGGCCUAUACAGGUUAACUCAUUUUUGCGCGAAAUUUUCUGCCCUUAUCCAGAAAGGGUGCUUUUUCUGGUUUCCCAUUUCCCAUCUACAUAUUCUGUACGGAGUACUCUGUACGGAGUACAAGCACUCAGGGAGGACAACUUUCCUUUUGCUUAACCUCUAGAAAGAUAUCCAGAUGUGUACCGGACCCUUCUAACCCGGCAAGAUACGCGAAUACGGAGGAUCCAUCCUCCGUACAUAGACAUUAGAGCACGGCCAUCGGGGUCUCUUUGCUCCCUUUCGCGAUGUUCUGUACUCCGUACCCACAUCGUGCAAAUAAUAGCGCUGAUAUCAGGAUCUGCAGCUUGGGUCGUUUUUUAUGAAAACUUUUUCUGAACAAAUAGAAGCGGAGAGGUUAAACCUGUACGUCCGUCUAGUAUAAAAAUGUCAGAACUAUCACAGAUUCACAACUCGCGUAAAGCCACAAGGAGGCGCACGGCUUGCAUUGCCAAGCAGCUCAUUUAACUUAGCUCCUUGCUAGCGGUUGCUAGCUCUUGCUGACAGCGCUGGAUUCGGCGCCUGGUCAGACAGAACGAAACGGAAUACAAAGAUCCCGUGCCAGCGAGCCCGCACUCCUCGAUCCGUAGCUUGAGCAUGGACGCCAAAAUGCCGUUCCCGGUUGCUGGGACUGGCCUAGUUCUCGCAUUUCUCUCCCCCGUCACAGAGACGGCUUUCUCUAGUCUCCUCGGAGGCGCCAGACAGGAGCUUUUGAGUGCCGAGUCCUGACUCCUGACUCCUGAGGCGAGGCCUUGCAAGGGGCCCGCCCUCAAUGCUGGCUGGCGAUUGGGGAACAAAUAGAUAUUAUCGUGCUGCUUCUGUCCAGCAACUCAUCGUUCGUAGCACUGAGAAGGAGACACAGCAGUUUUGUAUGCAGGUUGCAGGUUAUCAGUAAUAAAUAUCAUCUGAAUAUCAAGAAAGUGAUAAGGAAAUAAAGAAAAAACAAAACAAAAAAAAAAAAAAAAAAAAAAAGACCCCGAGCUCCGGUGAUUCCGCCUCAUCCGCCGGGCUUGGGUAUGGUUGUAUCCGGUAUUGUAAAAUACCGCACCAAGCCCGCUACCAGAGUACAACAGAUGUUGCGCCAACCCGUGCUAGGCCAACCAGCGGCCGCAGUGCACCGUACCGUACCCGCGCCAUACCAAAAAUACAAUACACUGUACACAGAACAGAACGAACGAACCUCAUCCUCUCUCGUGCUAGCCACAGGCGCUUUUCUCACCCAGUGUCAAACCUCAUCUUUUUCCCCUUCCCUUCUCUUUCUCUCCUUCUCUUCCUUAUGUCGUCUCUCUCACUCUCUCGCGUCCUCUCCGCCCGUGCCCUGAUUGUCAGUAGUAGCCUGCUGUGCUUCUCCUCUUCUUCUCCUGUCCCAGCCAAUACGGCGUCAACCUUCCCUCCCUGAUGUCGAUUGAUUGGUCACACCGCGAUCCUCACUUCCUCGAACUCCCUCCUCCUUCCUUCAGCUCCCCAGGGCUAUAUAGUCCCUCGCCAGCCGUUGACGCUCCUUCCUAGGCUGCCCGGAUUGGCCGUCUGCCUUCUGCGUCGUGCUUAAUCGCCCGUAGAUCGCUCGCCCUGGCUACCUACCUAGGCCCUUCUCGACUAAAUACCAUCCAACUUUGUACCCGUUCCCUCGACUGCUCCGGCGCCUUUCUCCAUAAUGGCUGGCGUCAUGAACCCUGUGCUUCCAUCAUGGAAGGAUAAUUCGCAGAAUUAUUUCGGCAAAGUUCAGAUUGUAAUACCAUGGCGGUCCAUACAAAUGCUUCUCCCCCACCGCGUGCGCCGAAAACUUCGGUCAAAGCUACGAAGUCGCGUGUCUCCGUCCUCAUCGAUAACCUCCCUUAAUAGCUCCUUCUCGCCCCUCGACACGCUGAAGACUCUACAGGCUCAUCGGUGGAGCGUAUAUGAUGGACAAUAUCUCGUACUCCUCUUUGUUGGCAUCUUUUCUCUCUGCAUCAUUGAAUCGCCUGGACCCUUCGCCAAGACCCUGGUCGCCUUUGGGUUGAUAAUGUCUUUACUUUUCCCGAUCAGCUGCCAAUUCUUCCUACCAUUUCUCCCUAUUAUUGCUUGGCUAAUCUAUUUCUAUGCCUGCCAAUUUAUUCCAAGCGACUGGCGGCCGCCAAUAUGGGUGCGUGUGCUUCCAGCACUCGAAAAUAUCUUCUAUGGUGCCAAUCUCAGCAAUAUUCUUUCUGCCCGUCAGAAUACUUUCCUAGACAUAUUAGCAUGGGUUCCAUACGGCAUUAUGCACUACGCGGCUCCCGCUAUAUGCUCCAUUAUAAUAUUUAUCUUCGGACCCCCUGGAAUGACCCCAAUUUUCGCCCGCACAUUUGGAUUCAUGUGCAUUUCUGCCGUCACCAUACAAUUUUUAUUCCCGUGCUCACCUCCAUGGUACGAGAACCUAUAUGGACUAGCUCCUGCACAUUACGGAAUACCAGGAUCACCUGGUGGAUUGGCCCGGAUUGAUGAACUUUUCGGUAUCGAUAUAUAUACAUCUGGUUUUACGGCAUCGCCUGUGCCGUUUGGUGCCUUCCCUUCUCUGCAUGCCGGGAACGCGACCCUCGAGUCUCUAUUUUUGAGCCUUAUAUUUCCCAAGCUUCGACCCGCCUUUAUCAUGUAUACCGCCUGGCUGUGGUGGUCCACGAUGUAUCUUUCGCAUCAUUACGCAGUGGAUCUCAUUGGUGGCGGUUUCCUAGCUGCCGUUUCGUUUUACUUUGCCAAGUCCAAAUUCAUACCACGAGUCCAGCCUGAUAAGAUGUUCCGGUGGGACUAUGAUUAUGUGGAGGUUGGAGAAUCGCCAGUCGACCAUGGUUAUGACUUGGCAAACUUCCAUGGCGAUUUACACAUCGAUUCCGAUGAAUGGACCGUAGGAUCGUCUUCCUCCAUAUCUUCCGGAUCUCUUAGCCCUGUGGAUGAAGCUCAAUCCCUCUGGGAUGGCGAGACCUUGGGUGCCAACUCAGACCUCGAAGCAGGUCGCUAAUAUUUAAAAUCACAUUCCGAUGAUCCUCUUUCCCGAAAAAAACCCACCAAUACUUGGCAACGCCCCCCUGUCGAGAACACAACAGCAUUUUGAAGUAAUAGCGGAUUUAUAUUAAUGACUCACGGCAUAUUCUGGAGCCCUCCUGUUAUUUCUGCUUUGAGCGACUUACUUUUCGAAAGACAUACUUAACUUUAAUGAUUUUGGAUACCUCUUUUCCUUCUUAUCUUCGCUUCUCAACAGCACCUCCAUGGAUUUUUACCAUCAGUCCUACUAUGAUCACCCCUCGGAUAAUUAGUUGCCCUUGUUUACCGGUCACAUGCUCAGCCAGCUGAACCAAUAGAUCGUCGGACCUAUAACGGAGAAUUUUUCGUUUCCCAAUAAAUAUGCCCCUGGUCCUUUUUGGUCAUAGCAUUUUUAGGGUCCUCGCUUUUCGGGUAUCAUUAUCUAGCACCCAGGCACGAUUCUCCUCUCACGCGCACGAUCUGCGGUUCACCUUCCACCAUGUCCCCUGAAGGAAAUCGGAUCCUUCAAACAGACUGUGGUAUAACUCGGAAGACCGUCACGUUGGAUUUGGCGGAGGCUGUUUUUUUUUUCUCUCCGUGAUUGUCAUUUUCCUGCAAGGGCGCUUUGAAAUUGUCCGACUAGGACAUCCACGGAAGUAAAAAUAAUUGUUAUGGCGCGAACCAUUUUUUUUUUCAACCUUGCAUUACGUUCGUUACGCUCAUGGAUGGGUGUUGGACUUGUGUGUACUGUACAAACUAGAGUCGGUAUGGCGGCGGGGGAUGCGGAUAUGCGGACAAAGAAGAGAGGGCUUAUUAUAGCUCAUUGAAAUUUUUCCGCAAUUUAUUUUUUUAUUUCCCCUUAAUCCCUAGUUAUUUUCCCUUCCAUUCGUUUUUCUUCUUUUCGAUCGUUUGCAUCAACCAUGAGCAUAUAGAGAUUGUUUUAAACCUGUUAAAGUUUUUCUGCCUUUUUUUUUUUUUUUCUAGUUGAGGUGGCACUUGAUUUUGCAUUUGACGGGGUUCCGCCUUCACCUCAUGGGAUAUACAUUCGUUUGUUGUUUGCUUAUUAUGCGAGCUAGCACCGCCCUACUCCCAUUUCCCAUUCCAUGCAAGGCUAUUAUUGUUUUCGGCAAAUUCCCCGUACCAGCCGAGCAAGAUACUCUUGUACAUGCCCUUAUCUUUUCUCCUCCACUGUGGUUGUGAUGACGAGCAGGUUGGCAAUGGGCGAUAAAUGUGCAAUGGGCAGUGAGCGGGCAGUUGAGCAGGUGUUUGUUAUUUUUGCGGGUCCCUCCUAUUCUUCACGUUUGUCAUGUUUCGCGUGGAGCAAAACACUCGGAUCAAGCAAGAUGUAAUUUCUUUUUCUCCUUUUUGCUGCAAUGAAGAGCAAGCUAGGCCGGAAGGGCUUUAUAUGAAUAUGACGGGGUGUGUGGCGCUUUGAGGGAGACGGCCACACCACACCACACAAAAGCUAGCAGAAAUCAGGAGAAAGGGGAGUUUUUUUUUUUUUUUUCUUUUUAAGGUGCGACUACGCAGCGUAUGUGCUGAUGACGAUGAUGAACAAAUUUUUCUUCUUUGCUUGUUUUAUUUUCCGUGGUUUUCUUUUUUCUCUCCGUUUCCUCGUCGCUGCUGUUGGUCGGGUCGGGGAUUCUUAUUUCCACACGGAUAUUGACAUAUAAUUUAACCAAUUAAUAAUGACGUCCAUUAUUUCUUCUCCUAACCACCACCAACCAUCCCUUCCUUCUCUUCCAUCGUGUCGUAAGAGGGGGGUUGGAUGCCUUCGAAAAUCUGUACCGCGAGCAGAUUUGGUCAGGACCGUCUGCCGGCAUAUUCUGAGGUUGCUUUGCUUCCGCUUUUGCUCAAAGUGACGCCCCGCUAUUCGUAUGGAUGGAUAUCUUAUAUUUGGCCAAAUCAUACCCUAUCCAUACAUAGUACGAGCGGACGUCUACCGCUGCGGAGAGACAAGUGGGGGCUUAUUCAACAAUGUCUGGCAUUCAAAUUUAGAUGGAUGAACAAUGCGGGCCAUGAUACUACUACUACUACCAUCCUCUUCUCGCGUUGAAAAGCAAUGCAUCCUCAGUGUUGGAAAGGGGCUCAGGAUGCAGUACAUCCAACAUUCUGUCAGAUCAUUAACAUUGACACACAAUUGAGAAGUGCCUCCAUUUCAACGUAACAACAUGUUGAUAUUCUGCUGAUCUAGUCUGUUAUAGUAUUACUGAUGUGAAGUGAGCUCAGUGAAGAUCUAUCUAUACAACACUAUAAUAUUAACAUAUUCUUCUCACUUUUACUG